AAGCCAAACUCCACUUUCUAAACCGUGGAAUCUCCGCUCUCUCUCCGUCAUGGCUGUUCAACGGAGAUCCGAACUGAAUUCAUUCUCACUGCUAUUACUUCUCGCACAAGUCUGCUUUCUAUCUCUCUCCUGUUCUUCUUCACUUGCAAUCGCAACUGGGAAUGGAGGUGGUUAUACCAUUAAUGGCAGAGUGAAAAUCCCUGGUCUCAUGGCAAAAGGCUUUGGUCUACCAGUAAAGGCUAACAAUGCCAAAGUCAUAUUGAAUGGUGGUCAACAUGUUACCUUUCUAAAGCCCGAUGGUUACUUCUCAUUCCAUAACGUGCCAGCUGGAACCCACCUCAUUGAAGUUGAUGCCAUCGGUUAUCUAUUUUCACCAGUGCGUGUAGAUGUGAGUGCUAGAAACCCUGGGAAGGUUCAAGCAGCACUCACAGAGACCAGAAGAGGUCUGAAUGAGCUGGUUUUUGAGCCACUGAGAGAGGAACAUUAUUAUGAGGUAAGGGAGCCUUUUAAUGUAAUGUCUAUUGUGAAAAGUCCAAUGGGUUUGAUGAUUGGGUUUAUGGUUGUGGUGGUGUUCUUGAUGCCUAAACUAGUUGAGAACAUGGAUCCGGAAGAAAUUAGAAAAGCUCAAGAAGAGAUGAGAAACCAAGGAGUUCCUUCUAUUGCGAAUUUGAUGCCUGGAAGUGGAAGGAGCAAUUAGAUCAUUUAUUCAAAUAGAUAUUUUAUUUGUGGGACCCACAAAACAAUACGGAAGUACACUGUUAUCGUUUAUGUAGGAUUGUUUUAUUAGGGAUAAGGUGGUUUUUGUAUGUUUAAUCAUAAAUCUUGGAUGAUUGUUUAUAUGUUUAAUCUUAAGAACUAUAUGUCAUUUUCA